AUGGCGGGCCCAGCGAACCCAUUCGCUGGCCUCGCUCAGAAUAAUGGGACAACGGGCUCAGCAGGCCGAGGACGCGGUGGACCAUUCAGUCGCGGCACCCCUUAUCAACCGAAACCGACCAAUGCAGCCUCCGAUUCCAAACCUCGUGGACGAGGACGCGGCGCGUCAGCAGCAAGAUCUAGCCGUGGUCGUGGGCGAGGAGCUGGUCCGGGAACCAAUACUUGGCGCAAACCGGAUUCGCAGGGAGCUCCCCCAGGAGGGGCGGCGUCGCCUUUUGCCCAGUUGAAGCAGAACAUACCCUCUCCAUCGGCAUUCGGUACGCAGGCCGGCCAGUCGAAGCCAGGAUUUCCGGGAGCUGCGAAGGCUGCGCCUGGCGUGUUUGGGGCGCCGUCCGGAUUUGCUGGAAGUAUGGUCGAUUCGGCUCGGGAUCCUCGACUACGUUUCUCUUCGAAUCAGAUGAAUGGCUCGGCAGGAUCUGCGGUACCGGUGGAAAACAUGGCGGUCCUGAACAGCUACAAUGAUCGUUAUGAGAAGCUCAAACUAGAGAGAGCCAAGCAGAGGGAGCAGGCAAUCAGGCUAGGUCAGAUGGCAGAUCCCAACCAGCCUACGUCCUUGAAUCAAGCUAUCACUCCCGUUGGUACAUGUACAAGCAUGUGCCCCGAAUUUGAGCGGGUUGAGCGCAUCGUGCAGAAAAUGGUUGACAAGAGCGAAAAGUAUCUUCAUCCCAAAACCGACUCAUUGCAGAAUAUGGAGAUGAAAAUGCUCAAACGCUUCAGGAGAUCAGCUGCCGGCUACGACGAACAGCUCCCUUCUGAUAUUCGUACUCCGAAGGCACUCCUUCAGACAAUCAACUAUCUGAUUCGACAUGUACUUGGCGGCCCAGAACCUCUCGGUUUGAUCCACAAGUUUGUCUGGGAUCGGACACGAUCCAUUCGCAAUGAUUUCUCUGUCCAGCAGCUUACGCAGGAGGAGGAUGUGAAAGUAGCUGUGACAUGUCUUGAGCGGAUAGCGCGGUUUCAUAUCGUGUCUCUCCAUUUACUCUCUAGCCCGGCGAACGAAGAGCCCUUUGACCGCCACCAGGAACGGGAACAACUUAACAAUACCAUGUUAUCGUUGAUGUACUACUACGAUGACAACCGAGGUCGGAUCAACUUCCCAAACGAAGAUGAGUUUCGCGCAUACUACAUCAUCUUCUCCAUCCAUGACCAGAGACCCGAUUUGGAAGCCCGUGUUCAGAGAUGGCCGGCAGAACUUAGAAGUUCGCCUCGGGUUCAGGUAGCCCUCGAGCUGUUCGCCGCUGCUGGCAACACCUGGGAGUACCAGGGUACGCUCGAUGCUAAACGACCCAACGCCAUCGCACAAGGCUUUUAUGCUCGCUUCUUCAACUUGGUUGACUCUCCCGCCGUCUCGUAUAUGAUGGCAUGCGUUGCCGAAACUUAUUUCAACCAUAUGCGCCAGACAGCCAUUCGAUCAAUAUGGAAGGGUUAUUGUCGUUAUCCGGCGUCUCAGCAGCACAAGAACGAAGAAUGGACUGUUGAAGAGCUCACCAGAGUCCUGCACUUUGACGACGACGAGCAGACAAUUCAGUAUUGCGAGGAACAGGACCUGGAGUUUGCCGAAAAUGCCCAAGGUGACCUCUAUCUCAACUGGGGCAGCCGCCCCGUUGACUCAGUUGCCUUCCAGCCAUCGUCCGACCACUCAUUUUCAGAGAAGUACGUCGAAUCAAAACGUGCAGGUAGAACAUUGGUCGCGAUUAUCCUCGGGUUGAGUAUCAAAGAAGCAGCAAGUCUGGGAAUGAUCGAUAGUUCUCUGCUGUCCCCACGCUCACUGAUACAACCUGCCAUCGGGCUAGGAUCUUCUGGUAACGACGAUUCCCUGUUUGUGAGCGAUGACGACAACGAAAUGGGGGAUGAUGGAAUGCAGCCGCCUACUAUUCAGACAAACGGAAACGUUCAGGGUCCUAUCUUUACACAGUCGCCCGCAUCAGCUUCCAGCUUGCGCAACGCAUUCAAAGAAGUUCCGCAGAGCGCUACAAGUGCGGAAACCACGCCAGUGCAAAGCAGUCCUACAGCGGGGUUUCCGGUCUCUGAAGCCCCAAGUAUUGCCCAGCCUUCCGAGCCGACGAAUACUUUCUCCUCUCUUUUCUCUGGGGGAGGCCCGAUUGCUGCCCCAGCGCCAGCACCUACCCCGGCUAACCCAUUUGCUAACAUCUCUUCCCCAUUCUCGGCUGUCAAGCCUCCUGUGGCAGAGCAAAAACCUUCAACAUUCCCUUCUGUGUCCAGCAGCCAACAGAGGACUUCGAUCUUUUCAGCAGGAACAAGCAAUCUGACGCCUUCACAACCUGACGCGACUCCUGCUCCAAGCACCCCUCAGCUCAAUUUCCCGAGUCCCUUUCAAUCUACUACCGCACCUUCAACUUCACCCUUUGGUAUCCCUUCAACCUCCACAGCUUCCACCUUUGGACAGGCUUCUACGUCGACUGCGAGCCAGCCCUCAACCGGUCUUUUCAAUACCACCAGGCCAUUUUCAGCUUCUGGAGCGUCAAGCUCCUCUAUAUUCAGCUUGUCUGGCCAAGAGACCAAUUCCGAAAAGCCAAAGGAGGAGAAGCCCCAACCCACUCUCUUCAAACCCGUGGAAUCCACACCAGCGCCAUCCUCUCCUUUUGCACAGCCUCAGAAUAUAUUCGCUCCGAUCAAGAACGAUACACCAAGUCUUUUCCCUUCUGUUCAAUCAAGCAAUGGAUUCGCAUUGGCAAAGCCUGUAGAUAUAAAGACACUCCAGGAGAAAUCGGAACUCUCCACUGCCCAAACUGUCGAGGAAUUGAAAACCUCAGAGCAGAAGCCGAUAUUUGAGCAAAUUUCUUCUACGAGCGAGUCUACGUCGCCUGCCGUGGAGACGAUUGCCGAAAAACAAAAGUCAGAUUCAGUUAUAAUACAGGCUAGCCUACCUGCACCUGCUCUUGUCUCGUCGCCUCACGACCUUGCUAAACCACAAGCUCCGGAUCAUGCUAAAGAAGAAGUUCCUAUCUCCGUUGAGCCUGCAGCCACUGAAGAUGAAGCACUCUCGCCUGAAUCCGAUUCGCAACGUCUCGCGUGGCUUGAAACUCUCAAAAAGGCUGCUGAUCUGAGGAGACAGCAGUUCUCAGCGAGUCGCAAACGGGUGUUCAACGAAGAUGAAAAAGAGCCGAUCGAAAGCGAGCCAAAGGCGCCUAAGAUCUCAAAACCCGAAGCGCGAGCUCCAAAGAAAGUGUCUAUGGCUCUUUCUUCAAUUAAGCCUCUCCCUAAACUUCCAAUAUUGGAACAGAUUGAGGCAAUGACUGCCCGGAAACCUUUGACGGAAGAGAAGCCGCCGGCACCAAAGCCGACUCAAGUCGACGAAGACGAGCUGCUUCUUUCGGCUGCGCGAAUUGCUGCAGAAUCCCUUCGAAGCGGUCCCAGACUCCUAGAUCACUGGUCUACGCAUCCCGAGCCCCGAAGCUCAGCUUUCAGUCCUCACAGCAGUAUCUCAUCAACACACUCUUUUUCCAGGAGCCAGUCACCCCAUUCCUAUUCUGUUCACGGGUACGAUGUUGCCCUUGCUCCUGACAGGGACUUGGGACUUGGCCGUACAUUGUCUCGAACAGAACAGAGAAUUCGACUUACCGGAGGAAAGGGACUGGCAUAUAAGCCAUUAAACUUCACGCCUGAGAAACCUAAAAAGGCGCAAAGCAAGGAAUGA